AUGAUUAUAAGUCAUGCAAAUCGCGAAUAUGCUAUUGUAGAAGUAACCAAAAGUAACAACAGCAUGAAGCAAUUGAUUGAAGGCGGAAGAAAAUGCCCUGAAAUGAUGGGUCAAAUGUUUGAUACAUUGGUGUCAAAAUGUCCCCGCCAACAACGGUCAAUGAAGGUAUACGGUUGUCUGCUGUCUCGGUUAGAAUGCACACCAAUGGAGUUGUCCAGUCCAGAUGGACAUGUGAAGCUGAUGAAAAGGGGUGAAGUUGUGGAGCAUCCUGAAUCAGCAUUGUUGUUCAAGACGGAACUAGCGGCGCUGUUAUCUUACUUUUGGAGAUUUAAGCUUGCAAUUGAAUUUGUUUUAGAAGUAAUGGUCAAUGGUUAA